UGACGACGGUAACGAUAACAUGGAGGCCAGCACCUCGACUGCCAAAAAUGAUUCUGCCAUUGGUUCGACGUCACAGACAAAGCCCAAUGAUAAUUCGGCAGAGUACCUUGCUAAGCCAGAGUUCAUAAGCUUUUCUUCUUUGAUAGCAAAAGCUGAAGCAGAAGAAGCGUCAUCAAAUCCGACCGGCAAUUCAGCCGGCGUUUUAUCAUUUGAGGAGAAUACGACCGAACCUUCGGUGAAAAAUCAGACCGAAGAGUUCGAUUCGAUAAAACCCGAGUCGACUGACAUGAAUGUUGGCUCAUCGUCCACGAGCUCAACGGCGGCUAUUCCCAUUCCGAAAUCGUCACAAAGAGCAACCACACCUGUUUUGUCGCCAGGAUCAUUAAUGGCUAAAAAUCUUAAUCCGCUUGCGUCAGUUUUUGUUCCUCGAUCGCAAAGCUACACUAACUCAACCUCUACCCUCGUUCAGGGAGCUAUAGAUAAAAUGAACGCGAUGACCAAAGAGUCCACCGAGAUGGGAGAAAUGAGAAAACCUGUUAAUAAUGAAGAUAACGAUGAUGAUAAUCAAGAAUUUGUUUAUCCUGGUAUGGAUGAUGAAAGUAAAUCCGAAGAUGACGAGUUUGUGUACAUGCCCAACGAUAUAAAAGAGGAGGAUGAGGUAGAGAACAUCGAAUUUACAUAUCCAUAUCAAGAUACAAAUGCUGGAAAGGAUGAUGACGAGAGUAAAACGGAAUCUAGUUCUGACGUAAACAAGAAAGACAUUUUGACUAAAAACGGUGAAAGUAAUUCGAGUCCAAAUCUUCUUGGCAGCAUGGAAAAUGUGAUCACCAAAGUUGGAAAAUCCACCGAUAACUCGAUUACAGUUAGAAUUAAUAGUGCCAUUAGCAAGGAUGCCUAA